AUGGUUUCUCGUAGAGAUGCCGAUACAAAGGCGAUUGUCUGUACCCUCACUGAAAGAUUUAGUUUUUCGAAUUGGGUUUCGCAUUUGUCUGUAGCUAGUAUAGUUUGUGUAGCUGGUUUCGUGUUUGCCCUAAAAGAUGGUCGAUUCCGCAACUUUAAUCUCUUCUCCAGUAAAGAAGAAGACGAAGAUGAUUCCUUUUUCGUACCUGGCUUGGCAAAUCUCGGCAACAAUUGUUUCCUUAACGUAAUCCUUCAGGCACUUGCGAGCUGCAAAGAUUUUCGUGUUUUUCUUCAAUGGGUGAUAGAGGAUGCUAGUGAAACAGAUGAACAGUUUCCCCUUACUUGUGCUUUGUCUUCUUUACUAGAAGAACUUAGCACGGUUGGAAGGAGACGGUCUGUGUCUAGCCCUCGUAAGGUUAUGUUGGAAUUGACUCAUUAUGUCAAAAAUUUCAAUUUGACAAGCCAACAGGAUGCAGCAGAAGCUCUUCUUCAUCUAAAUUCUUCUUUGCAAGAAGAGAUUGUACUUUGUUAUCGUCCUAGUCAAAGUAGUAAUCUAUCGGAUAUAGUGUUUUCACGCAACUUGAGAAUGCUUGCGCCUAGCGAAGGGCUUCAUGGUUUGAUGGAGCUCAAGAGAUGGCAUAAACAUUUGCGUGGACCGUUCGAUGGGAUUCUUGGUAGUACAUUGAUGUGUCAAACUUGUUCUUCUCAGAUUUCAUUGGAGUUUCAGUUUUUUCAUACUCUCCCUCUGUCUCCUCUACUCGAUAUUGGUGGUUCCAACAUUAUGUUUGGAUGCACUUUGGAGAAUUGCUUGAAGAAGUCUCUUGACGCCGAGAAAGUCGAAAACUACUUCUGCAAAAGAUGCUGGCAUGGUGCUGCAAUGAAAUUUUUAACUGUGAUAAGAGCAGCUGAGACUGAUAUCGAAAAGCUUAGGAGCUGUGGCGGAGAAGACCUAUGCGAUUGUAAAACCUCUCUUCGUCUUGAAAGAAUGCCUUGGUCAAAUAGCUAUUCCCAUAUACUGAAGCAAUUAAUCAUCGCCCGUUUCCCAAAGCUUCUAUGCAUUCAAGUGCAGCGCGCUUCGUUAAACAUGUUUGGAGAAUCAGUCAAACUAUCGGGGCAUAUCGCAUUCCCACUUGUCCUGGACCUCUCCUUGUACACACCGUCUUCAAUAGGAUUAAACAUAGAAAAGACUCAGAUGUUAUCACAGUACCAGAAGCCAGAAGCAUCAAGUGACCGCGCCAUGUAUAGACUUGUAACGGUGGUGGAACAUUUUGGUAGAACCGGAAGCGGACAUUAUACUGUUUACAGAAGUGUGAAUGUUACAUCACAAGAGGAAGAAGAAGAUUGCAAUGACCAUUGUGAAGAUUUGAGCUGGUUUAGUAUAUCUGAUUCAGAAGUUUCUCAAGUUUCGGAGAGUGAUGUUCUUGGUGCUGAAGCUAGCUUGCUCUUCUAUGAGAAGCUUUAA